AUGGUGCGCAUCCUAUUCGCUACACUUAUCAAUUGUCCGAUUAUCGAGGCUGUGCCUGUGACGGUUGCUGUUAGCUAUCUUGAUAACUUGAUGCCGCUGGAUUACCUUGACUUGUUUAAAGCGGGUGCUAAGCAUCUUGUACUCGCCGAGAACUGGCUUGGACAGGAUGGUUCCAUUAUAUUCCCUAGAAAGUUCGGUGGCGAAUCUCUAUCAUCAAGCCUUUGGCAAGACUUGUAUGUUUAUCAGCCAUGGAAGUAUGCUGAUAAGUACUACAGCGUCCUGGAUAGCGAAUCACUGGAUUUCAAAACUCAAAUAAGCAUCGAAUGGGCAGGCAACAUCACCCAGCUAUUCGCCAACAUGUCUGCGAAUAUCUCUGACUUGUCGCUCACUAUAGUCCCGGAAGGCCGCUAUAAUAAUCUCAGCAAUUCCAACUCUUAUCGAGGGUUGAUAAAUGACGGUGCGCCAGUAUCAGGCGAUGGAUACUUCGACGGCUUCUACUACAACUCACAGAAACAAGUCAAGGAAAAGGCCCAGCUUGUGAAGACAAGGCGCCUCGGUGGCCUCGCCAUAUUUUUCCCUUCUAUCGAUCUCCCCCCUACUAAUGCAUCCUCUCUGCUGCAUGCAGCCGUUUCUGGAUAG